GGGACAACAGCGAGGCAUGUGUCACAAUGAAGCAGCAGUGGGUGGGCGAGAGGCUCAAGUGGCUGCUGAUGGGAGGGUCGCUAAGUUUCAGCCCCUCUGUGCUGGGCUGCUGGUGCGUCUCUCCUUGCAUCUGUGCACCACACGCACCAUGGCUCUGUGCGCAAGUAGCACGCUUUUGGCGCUUCUUGUCGCUUUCUGCACACCUGGAGGUGGAUGGACAGCAGAUAAACCCCUGCGGUCACAUCAUGGGAAGCCAACUUCAAUGGAUAAGAGCCUGAGGGAGAGCUGGGAGCCUUCUAUUCUUCUUGAUGGAAGACCUGUGGUCAGCGGCAACAGACCAAUGAGAACUCAUCGCUAUGCCCGCAUGGGCAAGGAGAGCCGCUCCCACCUAGUGGAGGAUGUAGAUCCCGAAUGGGUAAACCUUGACGGCUUUGCUGUGCUGAGCGGCGCACCUGUCAGCAACUCAUCAACAGGUCCAGUUAGGUCAACAUAUACUGCAGCCAGGAAUCAGUCCUUUCCGAAGCGUGCGAACAGAGUGAACAGAACAGCUCACCGUCCAGGUGCCUCUAACUCUAGGACACACUGGAGGAGGGCACCACAGUCUUCUUCUGGACCACAUCCACCUGAGAGAUUUUUGACAAGGACAACUUUACCGGAGAGGAGACAGCAACAUAAUGCCAAACCUCAGUCUGACCAGAGGAACCGUUAUGCAGCCAAAUUAACAUCUGAGUCCGUUCAUGUGGUGUCACUUCAGGCACAGAAAGUCCUGGGCCAGAGUGCUCCUGCUAACAGAGCGGCAGCCAAAUUAUCCACACCAGAACCUCCUGAGUAUGAAGCUAAGGACAUCAGUGUCAGGGUUAUGUCUCCUAAAUCAGUCCUCAUCUCCUGGAUUGACCCUCUUGUGGAAAUGGGGAAAGUUGAGUCCAGUGAACUCAGAUCCUACACAGUCAGAUACAGAGAGAAGGGUGAGUCAGCGCGCUGGGAAUACAGGGACAGCGCCCAGCGGAGACUGAUGAUAGACACCCUGUAUGCUGAUAGCAUGUAUGAGUUCGCCGUCAGAAUCUCUCAGGGGGGAAAUGAGGGCAAGUGGAGCGUGUCUGUCUUUCAGAGGACCCCCGAGUCAGCACCAUCUGGGCCACCGGAGAACUUUGAGGUCAAACCACUACGGGGGAAAGGCACUGCUGUGACAGCCACAUGGGAUCCCCCUGAAGAAACCAAUGGGAGGAUUCGAGAGUACAUCCUUUCUUAUGCUCCUGCACUGAAGCCAUUUGGAAUGAAAACGGUGACAUAUCGUAGUAGCACUACCACAGCUACAAUUGACGGUUUAACACCUGGAGAGCGGUACAUCUUUAAGAUCAAAGCCACCAACAGGAGGGGACAGGGACCACAAAGCAAGGCAUUCACUGUUAUCAUGCCAGCAUCCAGCAGUGCUGUUUCAUCAUUCUCAAGAAACAAGGCCAGCCAGCGGAUGAGCCACAACCCUUCCAAAUAUGAUGACUCCCAUGACAAAUCAGACCUCCAGUCAACAGAGGAACCAGAAGAACCGACGACGCCCAGUCAGCCACGCAACUCUGCCCCUGUUAGUAGACGGGGGCGCCCACUGUCCCAGACACGUUCUUAUCACAGCAUCGUUUCCUCUGUAAGAGGUUCAGUCAGGGGUGGACCCAACAGAGCCAGCACCUCAGAUGCAGAUGUUGAAGAUGAAGAUGACAGGAAGAAAACAACAACCCUGUCCCCAGAAAAAGAGAUGACAACUAUGGUGAUGGAGACAAAAGAACCACAUAAUGAAGUUUCCCCUGAAUCUGAGGACGAAAUUGACAGUGAAGUGUAUGGGCCCUCCACUCCUGAGACCCCCAGCCUCAAAGUUUUUACACUCUCCCCAACUAAACCUGCUUUACUUUAUCCACAGCAAAGGAAACCAAUGAAGCUCAGGCUCCAUCAAAGAGGAGGAGUUCAUACUGGUUCUUCUGCAUCCGCCUCUUCGUCUUCUUCCCUGCCAUUAGCCCCUAAGACACCAUCUUCACCUUUUACUAUUCCAGAAUCAGAUGACAAUAAAAAGAAUAUACCAUUUACAAAUCAACAUAGCAAAGUGAUUUACAAUAAACCCAGUACAACAGAUAGCAAACCUACCAUUCCCGUUAGAAAAGAGAACACCCCACAACCUCAAACAGAGGGCACAGCUAAGGGAUCUAUUUCAUCUGGGCGAACCAUUGGGUCUGGCCUUGGUACUAGGUAUGGUUAUGGCAGAAGGAACCUGGGACUUCUAUUUAGGGGAAAUUCAACCAGAAUGAUCAAUGGUUACAGACCAAGCACAACAUUACUGUCACGUUUGCCAAGCAGAAUUCAGCAUCAAGCAACAUCUCAGUCCACCUUACCAGACCAGUCUCAAAGCCAACAAACAUCAGAUGUAGGGAACAACAACAAGGCAAUAUCAGACCCAUCUACUUCAGAGAAAUCACUAUUUACAUUAACAUCCACAUCAAAUAGUGCAGAUACAAACACCAGAAAUACUUAUCCUUCUGUGUCACAGAGCACCUCACAUCAACCAAAUUCAACUCCAAACAGGGGAUCUCAAAUCUCGUCAUACAACCAAGAUAAGUCACGUAUUUUAAACACAUCGCCAGAACGAUCCCCACUACAGAAAGAAGCGGAGGAAACUAAAGUUGAAGAACCUACUUCAAGCUACAAAGAAGAUUCCACAGAAGAAACUGAUAAGGAGGACAGCCCACCAGAAAAAGCAACUGAUCCUCGUAUACGAGCUCGUCCUUCACUUGCUGAAAGAUUUAACCUCCCAGGCAGGUUUGGUUCAGGGACGAGACAAGGUGGUAGGACCCCCGGGAGCAGAGUUUCAUCAUCUAUAGGUGCUGGCAGACCGAUUGUGAGGAUACCCACAAAGGAUUCGGAGACCACAGGUUCUGCCAGUGUGUCCUCAGUACAGGAGACUAGUGACAGUCCGACAGCUGCAUCUACUCGUGACUCACUGAAGAAUAAGAUGGUGGUGGAUGCCUUUAAGCACUCAUUGACUAGUGAAAAUGCAGACUAUAGUGACUCAAGAACUCCCACUCCGUCAUCUCCUUCAUCUUCAUCUGCAAGAUCUUCCAACUCUGAUGCUCGCCAUUCUAUAAGUGAGCCCAUUCACAGAGGAACCUCUAACAACAACAAUAAUUAUAAUAAUGGCUACCUUGAUAAGAGUAACAGUGGGAUAAAUAAACAUGUUGCAGAGCCUUCAGUGGACCAAAUGAAUCCUGUCAUAACAUCAACUGAUCCCCACCGGAACACGGAGGAGAAUGAGAGUGUCGCUACAAGAGAAACUCCUUCAAGAACUAGCUUAUCUUCUGGGGUGCCUCCAUCUUACCGUCGUCCUAAUGUUGGAGGAAACGGAAGGAUACGCUCCCCUCUUUUAGCGACAAGGCAGUUUGGUGGCUCAAGACUUCCCACCCGAUCACAACAAGCAUACAACUCCAGACUGGGUUCCUCGACAUCAGAGUCUUCCUCAUCAUCUACCUCCUCUUCAUCGACUUUAGUCAGAUCGUCGUUAACCACAGACCGCAGUGCCAGUAGGGUCCCUACUCUGACAAGCAAUGGCAGACUCACAGAGUCCAAGGCUAGCUCUCUGUCACCAUCUUCAGCUCGAGACAGCUUUAGAGGACAGGCGACUAGAAGUCGCUAUCCUAUCCUCAGAGGGAAAACACCCAAUGGAGGAGCUCUUAUACCUGCCAAUGGAAAUGGUAAAAAUGAACAACCAAAUCUAACAGCAAAGGCUAAAGAGUCCCCGAGUCAUGGAACCAGCAAGUCAGUCGGUAAAAGGUUGAUUACUGGACCCGAUGGGAACAAAUGGAUAGUAGAUUUGGAGUUGGGAAUUCUUAUGAACCAGGAUGGAAAAGUCUUGCAGGACUCUCAUGGCAAACCCAAGAGAGUAGUGCUUGGCGAGGAUGGACACACCAUUUUUGACCACUUGGGAAGCCCAUUACUGACACAGGAAGGCAUGGCUUUGUUCGGUCACGGUCGAGACAGUCGCCCUGUGGUCAACCCUAAAGAGAAGAUCCUUAUGGUUGGAGGAAAGCCGUUACUUGGCUUGGACUUGCCUCGCCUCAGGACCACCACUACCACUACCACUCGAGUUCCCACCACUACGCCUGAACCCACCACCACUAUAUGGACUACGGAAGCAUAUACCACUGAAGAACCCUACCCUACGUGUCCACCCGGAACCUUCUCUAAAACAGAUGACUAUGGGGAUCCAAUGUUUGACUCAGAGGGAAUAUUAAACUGUUACACAGAAGAUGAGUUCAUGACCACCUUGCCACCACCCACCACAACGAUACCGCCAACAACAACCACCACCACCAGCCCCACCACAGAGGUCCCAACUCCAGAGCCAGACCCCAAACAGUCUGGACGAGGGCCUUCUUCUGAGUUUGAUCUCAGUGGAAAGAAGCGAUUCACAGCUUCUUAUGUCAACUACAUCCAAAAGGAUCCAGGAGCUCCUUGCUCUCUGACAGAGGCUCUGGAGUAUCUCCAAGUCGACAUCCUAGAAGAUCUGAUCAAGAAUGACAGUCUCUCCACCAAUCAGAAGCUGCCUCCGAAACACAAACCCCAUAAUCUCACUGUGGUCGCCAUGGAGGGAUGCCAUUCAUUUAUCAUCCUGGACUGGGGACGUCCAUUGAAGGGUGAUAUGGUUUCAGGCUACAUGGUGUACAGUGCUUCAUAUGACGACGUGCUCAACAAUAGAUGGUCUUCUAAGGCCUCCAGUGGGACACAUCUGGCUGUGGAGAAUCUCAAACCCAACUCCAGGUACUACUUCAAAGUCCAGGCCAAGAAUGUGUUUGGGUUGGGUCCGGUCAGCGAUACACUCACCUAUGUCACUGAAUCAGACGAUCCUCUUCUCAUCGAAAGGCCGCCUGGUGGAGAACCAAUAUGGGUCCCCUUUUCUUUCCGCUAUAACCCUGCCCACAGCUCCUGUAAGGGCAGCCAGUACGUCAAACGGACGUGGUACAGGAAGUUUGUGGGUGUAGUUUUGUGCAACUCUCUGCGAUACAAGAUCUUCAUGGGAGACGGCCUUCGAGAGCCCUUCUACAGUAUAGGAGAUACAUUUGGGCAAGGAGAGGACCAUUGCCAGUUUGUGGACUCCUACAGGGACGGCAGGACUGGCCCUGCAUACCUCUCAAGUUUUCUUCCUUCAGCUCAAGGAUUUUACCGUGCCUACAGACAGCAGCCUGUCACCUUUGGAGUUAUUGGCAGGAGGACAUCCCACCCUUUCGUCGGCUGGUAUGAAUGUGGGGUGCCCAUCCCUGGCAAGUGGUAACACGGGGGAGAUGCUUGGGAGCUGGGGGGACACUACCAGCAGCUAUACCCAUGACAAAAAAAGACUUUUGCCUGCCGCCACUACAAAAAAAAAACACCACU